AGACAAUGGAUCCAUACGUUCUCAUCGCUAUUGCCGGCAUCCUCAGCCAUGUCCUUUACUUUCGACGUGGCGAGCAUCAGCUCUACAGCCAUAUCUACCUCGUUCUCUUUGUUAUUUCCACCACCGCUGUCACGGUAAUCUUCCACUACAGCUAUAUCCUGGUGUAUCUCGCCAGCCUUUAUAGCAGCAUCCUAGUAUACCGUCUCUUCCUCCACCCCCUGCGCUCUUUCCCCGGUCCUCUCCUCGCCCGCGUCUCAGGUCUCUGGUACAUCAACCCAAAGCACAAAGCAUAUCUUACCCUCCAGGCGCUACACAGCCAAUAUGGCCCAAUCGUGCGCACCGGCCCCUCAGACCUCUCCAUCAUCUACCCAUCCGCCAUCCCCGCCAUCUACGGCUCCCAAUCCUCCUGCACAAAAGCCCCCUGGUACGACCUGACCCACCCUUCCCGCCCCCUGCAAAACUGCCGCGACGCCAAAGAGCACCACGCCCGCCGCCGAACCUGGACCCCCGCCUUCAGCGACAAGAUAGUCCGCGGCUACGAGCAGCGCGUCAAAACCUACCAGCAGCAGCUCAUUGCCCAACUCACCACCCUCCAGGCCGUCGACAUCCGCAAGUGGAUCUACCUAUACACAUUCGACGUCAUGGGCGACCUCUCCUUCAGCCGCAGCUUCGACUGCCUCACCACUGGCCACGAACACCCGGGCAUCACCCUCCUAAACGCCGCCCUGAGCAACAUCGGCCUCUUCAUCCCGCCGUGGCUGCACCUCAUCCUGCUCAAAAUCCCCUGGCUGACGCGCGACUGGUGGCGUUUUCUGUCGUUUUGCAGCGAGAGGCUCGAAGCCCGCAUGCACAUGGACCUGCAGAUACCCGACAUCAGCGCCUCGCUGCUCGCCCCGCUAAAGGGGCGGGAGCCCACUCCAGAGGAGAAACUGAUGCUCGACGGCGACUCGCGGCUGAUCGUCGUUGGGGGCAGCGAUACGUCUGCUGUAUCGCUUUGUGGGGUUCUGUACGAGCUUGCGCGGCAUCCGGAGCAGCUGCGCAAACUGCAGGAGGAGGUUGAGCCGUUUGUCGACGACAAGGGGGAGGUGCGUGGGGCUGAUAUUGCGCAGUUGGAGCAUCUGAACGGCGUGAUUAAUGAGGCCAUGAGGAUGUAUCCGGCUGUGCCGUCGGGGUUGCAGCGGAAGACUCCCCCCAAGGGAAUCCAGGUGGAGGGGGUGCAUAUCCCCGGGGAGAUGACAGUAUAUUGUCCGCAGUAUGCCAUGGGAAGAUGUAAGACUUGUCUGCUGUGGGAUAUAGGAGGAGAUGCUAAUUGCUAAUUGUAUAUCACAUUCGCAGCUGAACUAUGCUAUGCGCGGCCGGACGAGUUUAUCCCCGAGCGAUGGUACAAGUACCCCGAUCUAAUCAAGGAUCGCUCGGCCUUUGCGCCG